CGCAUACAGACAACCAGUGAGGAGGCGGCGGCCGCGAGCUCCGCCCAGAAACCUCGCCACCCUCUUCCGCCCGCCACCACCGCGCAGAGAACCCCCGAGAGCUUGGACCGCAUCCGAGAUGGCCCCCGCCGCCGCCGCCGCCGCGCUCGUGCGCCUCCCUCUUCGGGCCUCGCUGCCAAACCAAGGUUUUGGCCGCGGCCGCCCUGGGGCCUCUUCGCUGGCCGUGCGGGCGAAGGACUCGGACGAUUUCAGGGUGCUGAUCUCCGAGAAGGCCGCGGAGCCAGCGCCGGCUAAGCGGGAGGGGUGGGAGGGUUUUGGCCGGGAGGUGAAUGAUGGGGAUGGGGAGGUCCAGAUGCAGGGCGAAUCGGCUUCCUGGAAUGUCCUUAACCAGAUUGGCGUCGAGUUGGACUCCGAAAAUUCAUAUACUGCUCUUGUUUAUGGGACAUCUGCUCUUGUCACUAUCUGGAUUUCAUCGAUUGUUGUUUCUGCACUUGAUUCAAUCCCUGUGGUUCCUCAGGUGAUGGAAGUAGUCGGCCUUGGAUUCACAGUUUGGUUCACCUCGCGAUAUUUAAUUUUUAAGGAAAAUCGGGAUGAAUUGAUCACCAGAAUUGGCUCCAUUAAGAAGCAGAUACUUGGAUCUCGUGGUGACUGAGUAGUUCUCCUACACACGGUCAGUGAAUCUCAAAAGGUCCUCCAGAAGUUUAAUGGGCACCCAUGUAUUUUUCUUCGAAAAGUUGUUAUGAACAGGCAGUAUGUUAUCUUAGGGCUUUAUUGCUGGUUCCGAAUAAUUAGUUA